AUGCAGUAUUUGCCUAAGGCUAUUGAAGACCAUGAAAAGUACCUUUUGGAUAAGGUUGCAAAUAUGCGUCAGACGAGGAUGAAGGAAUUGUCUCGUCAUAUAAAUAAAUUGAAUGGUAUGCUCGAAGGCUUAUCUCGUUCAAACGACUCAUUAAUGCGAAAUAUAGAUGCACAAGGAGUGGAGUUAUUUAUAGUCAAAGAAAAUAGUAGAGCUCUGGUGGAUCAUAUUUCAUCUACGUUCGAAAAUAUGAAUGUGAAUGAGGAGAAAAUUGGCUUUAUUCCACCGAAUCAUUAUUUAAUAGAACAAUUAAAACUCCUGCAGAUGCAGUAUUUGCAAACAGCUCAAUAG